CUUGUUGGUGCUUGCUUGGCGAAAACGUGUGAAAACGUGUUUACCACAAGCACUGCAGAGCGGAUAUGAUGAAGAAGAUGAAGAUGAUGAAGAUGGCGGGAAACGAGGACGAAGCAGACGACAAGCAGCAACAGACCUGCGGCGACAAAGGGGCAGCAAAGGCAGCAGACGCGACGAUGCAUGUGAUGACGGCGGAGGAGUAUGAGCGAUACGUCAAGGCAAAUCCACCCGCAAAAGACAGUCACGGCAGCAGCAGCAGCAGUCACGGUAACAGUUGCAGUGGAUACGAUGUGAAGAGGAAGACUGUGAAAACAAGCAAGGGAGAGGAGACCAUCGUCUACUGGACAGCUGCCACUGCAAGUGAGAAGGGCAGUGGGUCAUCUUCGUCUCCUCAAUCACAAGAACCAGCGAGCUCCGGCUCGUCAUCGUCAGGCACUCCAACAACAAGCUCAGCGCCCACACACUCCGCAUCGUUGUCAUCAUCAUCAUCAUCAUCAUCAGCAGGAGCAGCAUCAACAACAACAGCAACAACAACAACGACGACCAGCACGACCACACCGGCAGAGCCGAGCACGCCCGCCAAGCAAACAGGCUUGAGCCAGCCGAGCACUCCAGCAUCCUCAAUAGGGCCGCGGUCAGUUCGCCGGCGGGGCGGCGGCCUGCUUUCCCGCCCAGCGUCGUCCAUGCUGCGCAAGCGCCCCAAGAUGGAGACAGAGGAGCUGCGCAAGCUCAAGAAACAGCGGGACGCGCUCAAGGAGAAGCUGCGCAAGCUGGAGCUGGUGCGCACGUACCGCAGCAAGCACGACACGGCAGACUUGGAUGAGCUGAUUCCAAAGUGGCGCGGCGUGUGCCAGCAAGCAUUACAGGACCUUGCUGAUUCCAAACCAGAUGUAACGGUCAAACAGCUCAUCACCCACUUCAACAUCCCGCCCAAACUCCUCAAGUUUGACAUGGAGGACGAAGAGUUUAUCGACUGACCUGUGUGUGUGUGUGUGUGUGUGUGUGUGUGUGUGUGUGUGUGUGUGUGUGUGUGUGUUGUGUU